AUGAUUAUUUGCGACAACCUUCGGCGCAAGCAAGACUUUCCUACAUACCCGCCGACACCGAUGAGCCGACUUGCAACCUACAAGCUUCAGUGCCAUCAUCAAGAACGAACAAAGGUUUUGCAGGAGCAUAUCGAAUGGAUCGAGUCGACUAUCCGCAGUCGAUCCGCUGGCUGGCUUUCUUGUGCCAAACUCAAGCUCCAGUUCUUUGCUGAAUUUGGUGAAUCGUAUAUCAACGAAGAGCUGGCGGAUAUCGUUUGCGAUCAUGAUCUGCACUGGGACCUUUCCUCGACACUUUUGAGAUACCUGAGAAGACAUCGAGCAGAUCCUGCCAGGAUGCCUGCAGAUACGUUUCAAUUAGGCUGUGAACUUUUGUUGUCAGUGUUCACCAAACGAGUUGGCCUGAGACUCUGCCUCCGCGAUCAUCUCUUCUACCAAUCCAAGAUGAACAUCGAUACCCUCUUGACAUCCACUCUCAACCAAGUUGUUGUCUCUGAGGACUCGCCACAGUCGUCCGCCGUCUCACCACAUACUAUCGAGGCACUUGUCAAGUGCGCGCUUCUGCUUCAGGCGAUCCUUGGGCUUGGUCAACUGACCUGGCUGCGCGCUAGUCCAUCAGAGCCAACACUUUUGUUGUCCGUACUUCAACAUAUCCUCCACAAACCGACAGCAAACGAAUCCGAUCCCGGACUAAUAUGGAGUGAGCAGCAACAGGACAACUUUGUCGACUUUGUGAUCAAAGCGAUGGCCAAACGAUCACCUACGACCGGGAUGCAGUUGUUGGACCCGACAGCGUUUUUGGUAGACUGCGUGGCUCCCUUCUUGGAUGAGCUGGAGAGUGGUCAUCCGAGCCCGCUGUUUCAGUCCGUCACUCGGAUCUUGUUGACUAUUUACGAGCGUGAAUCCGUCCAAACAUCAACGGCAGGAGUUAUGGAGAGCGAGAGCCCUAUACCUCGUGGAAUUCAGCUACGGAUCCUACUUCGGUUGUUGCAGCUAAGGACAAUGCACAACCCUUGGACGGCCGAGGGACACGACAGUCGUAGAAAAACCACUGUAGAACGAGGUGGAGGCGAACAUUUGGACGGUCUCUCAAGACUCUGCGAGACCAUUGUUCUCAGGAUGAAUGCCUACGUCUCAUCGCUGGCAGAGUAUGAUCAGGAGGAGCGAGAGCUGUUUGCGGGAUUCGGGCAGGCUAUCCAGGGGGAAAGUAGCGCGCUUGUUGAUUUAGAGUCGAGGCUGAUCACCGUGCCUCUUAUGGAUGCAUGCCAGAGGAACUUGACGUUGGAUAUGGGGAUUCCAAGGUUGCCAGAGGAACUCUUUUGUCUCUGUGGCGAUCGACUGCGAGCGUUUGAGUAUUCGCGUUCGAUAUUGCAGAACUUGGAUAUCCUUACUGUGGAUACGGCAGCGGAGGCUAUUGUAUUGUUCUUGGGUUUGGGACGCAUGUGCGACGAUGUACUCGCAGACAUGAUUCAGGCUAUCGAUUUUGGUGGCGACCCACCACCUUCAACACAGCACAUCCUCAGAUUGGCGAUGACGCCGGCGCUUUACCGCGUCUUGAGUAUCAGUACACGCCACCAAAGCCAUCGACUGCUCACACAUGCUGUGCCGGUCAUGGCGCAACUCUGGGGAGGACCCAGCAAUCCCAACUUGUACUGGGAUGAUUUGGACAACUCGCCCGGCGACAGCCAGCUACCCGUGUUGGGAUCUUACUGGGAUAACUUCAAGCAUGUCGGUCGUCAACAGGACGAAGAAAACUCUGAGACAACAGAGUCUUCUACUCAUCCCAAGAAUGUUGGCAAUUCAUUGGAUAUCUUGUUGACUUUGACGACGGUUCUUCGGUUCUCGCUGGACCCUCUUCCGUCCAAGGGCUUGGAAUCUGUCCUACAGGUCUACCAGUCUGAUAUGGGGUACGAUAUGAUGCCGGAUCAUGUCGCGUCUUUAGUACAGUCCACCCUCAAGGUAAUGUUUAAACAACGCGGAUUCUUUGUUACAGUAAUCGCCAUUCGGAUAGAAUGGACAAAAGUACCCUUGGACCAUCUCAUAUAUUGCUUCAUGAAAGUCUGCCAAAUGUCGAACAUUGUCGACACUCAACACCCGGCCAACACCUUCCCAAACCGCCUCACCCCACACUCAGAAAUCGAGCUACCACCUUCCACAGAGGAGAGUGCCUCCUGCUGGCGAAACGCAUACCUGGACUUUAUGAGCCAACCCAUGGAUGAUGCGACAAAGAGGCAAUUGGACGUCGCGCGUGCCAAGGCAAGGGAUGAAUUGGUCCUGAUGGCCAUGAACCUCUCUGAGGCACUCGUUAGUCAGCAGGAUAGCUUCUAUGGCAAGUCGUUGCUAGAACUGGCUGUUGUACGUGAUGAUGAUGAUGCUGGCAGUGGUGGUGGAAACCAUAGAGGUCGAGGACGAGGUGGGAGGGGUCGUGGUCGUGGAGUUCGUGGACAGAAAGGAGCAGCAGCAAGCCGUGAACUCGUACGUGGGCUUGGGUUUCAAGGUCGUAGCCAGCAGGAGGCACGUCAGGCAGCAACUGGUACGCUAGACAAGGGCACACAGGCCUGGUUCAAUGGUAUCAAGAUGACUCCAGCUGUUCAAGAACCCUCAGCCACUCAAAACGAAGUAGAUUCCACUAAUGCCCGUGCGUCAAAUGCAGUCGUGAGUGAACCAACAGCCUCCACGUCUUCUAACGUGGACCCCGUUACCGCUGUCAGAGAUGAAAGAGAGGCGCCAAAGGAGAUGCUCAACGCCGAUCAGAUCGACUGUCUUUCAUUGGCACUGGCAUAUCUACCUGCUCAGGAGAGCCAAGCUGUCCGAUCAAGGCUCCACCGCCUACUCAUCCUACAGCCCGCACAAGCACCCAAGCAUUCUUGA